CCUCGUGGCAACAUUGCUGGCUCUUGUGUCACUUGUUGCUCUCAUGCCUCGGCAUAUGGAGGAUCACUUGUCAUCCCAGAAGAUGUCUUUGAGAUUGGGUGUGUCCUUCUCUCUCUAAACGUGUUCUCGGCCAUCCAAGACAUUGCUGUGGAUGGGCUGGCACUUGAAGUCCUCCGAGAUGAACACCUUGGGCUCGGAAACACCAUACAGGUGGUCCUCUACAAAGUUGGCUGUCUGUUGGGUGGUGCUGGACUUACUUUUUUAUUAGAUCUCACCAACUGGAAGAUCACAUUCAACUUCCUUGCCUUUUUAUAUCUUUUUACUGCUGCUUGGUCCAUACAUCUGCCCACUAGCAGUAACAUGUUUGUUAAAUACUCUGUUGUGGAUAAAGAGAACAAACAGAAAGGUUCUUUCAAGGCUGAGAACGAUUCCCAAGUGAACCUAGACAGUGCUCAGGGUAUGAGUCAGUGUAAGGCCAAGUCAGAAUCCCAGAUAAAGAAAGUUUGUAUCAUAAGCGAGGUUGUCACCACACCAGGAACAGGAUGGCUCAGCCUGUAUGUCCUCUUAUACAAAAUGGGUGAGAGAGGAGCAAUAAACAACAUGCCUCUCUUCCUUUUGGAUAAAGGUAUGUCAAAACAUCUUCUGGCUUUCUGGAAUGGCUCAGUUUGUCAAGGCUUGUCCAUCCUCGGCUCAUUUUAUGGAGGCAUCACUCUUGCAAAUAAAGAUGCUGACAUUAAACAUGUGUUACUGUUACAUUCAGUGUACAGAGUGUUUGCUGUACUGGUAAUGCUGGUCUUGAUCAUAUUAUGGAAUGAACAUUAUAUAUCAAUAUAUUUCUCUUCGGGUAUAGUAAGUAUGUGUUCUCUUAGCUUCACCAGUGGCGUUAUAUCUACUGCGUCAUUCACUCUCAUGAUGAAAGUGAGUAGAGUGUGCAAGGGAGAGACGCAGGCUAGCCACUAUAGUGCUUUGGCCUCGAUUGAGAUUGCUGGUAAACUUGUAUUUGCAACUCUGGCAGGUUUUAUUAUUGAGUCUGUUGGCAUUGCAUCAGCAUUUUUGACUUUUACAGUAUUGUGUACACUGCCUUGCAUGGUACUUAUGAUAAUCCCAAGUCACCUGUGUCACCUGAAAAAUGACUGAAAUUAAAUGAUUUAAAAAUCA